UACAGCACACACGCUAUGAUCAUCAAUCUGGAAGCUGAAGGGAGAUGGGAUGAAUGUGGUAAAGCACAGACAGUGAAAGGAGUUUAAAAAAUGGAUUGUGACUGUAAGGAUAAAUAUGGUGGCCGUUUAUUGAAUGGAUCUAAAUCCAGCUUUCAUGAAGAUGACCCUAAAAUGAAUUCUGCUCCUAAUGCAUCAACUUUGCAAAGCACUGAGUUUUGUAAUAAAAAUGAAUGUACCAGCAUGUGUCCAAAGGAUAGUGAGCUGUCCUCAACCGAAGACCUUUCUGGAAAGGACAACUCCCGUCUUUUUUCCAGUCUUGGCACAUCGAAUCCACUUGCGUUUGAUUUAGAAGUGCACAUCCAAAACGCCCCAGUGGAACUGAAAAGGCCAUUUCAGAAUGUUUUGAACUCACCUGACAGGGACAUCUGCUCUUUGGAUGGUCUUCCUAUCUGCACUCAGCUACCUGCCAACCACCGCAAACAUUCACAUUCCACUGCCUAUAAAACAACACACCGCCAUCGUGGAAUCAGGUUCUCCACCUCCACAUCGAAAAGUCAGCAAAGCCUGAAACCUCCUGGAGAAGACUUAUGUGCAUCCUUUCUUUUGGCCUGUUUGUUCUGUAAGUUCUGGGAUUGCGUUCUAACUGUUGGAGAUGGGUGUCAAUACUGCGUGGCGUCUAUCUGUUCAUCAAUCUGCUCUAAAGCAUGUUGCUGCGACCCCUCUGCUUUGGAUGUCUUUAUGGACUUUUGCCCAUGCUGCAGCUGUGCCGAAUACAUGGAAGCAUGCGGUUGCAGCUGUGGAGAGAGCGCCUUUGACUGCUCCAUUUGCGAUCUCUGUCUACAGACUACCGAGUGUCUGGAACUUGGCAUGGAACUCUCUCAGCUUCUGUUUCACUAAUGGCUCAAGAAAUCUCAAACUUAUUUAUAGUCAUGACAAUCUGAUAAAGUUUGAAUGUUAACAAAUGUCACAUGCUGAUUCCAGAUGCAUCUGCUCGUUGAUGGUGGCUGUGAAAUUGCACUGCUGCAUUUUAUACUGCAUUUUUAAAUGAGAUAAGCAUAUGCUGUCAU